GUCCUUGAAGAUGAUUGUUCACUCAUUCAUGAAGAAUAUGGCCUCACCGAAAAUUAUAUAGCUUCCGCUUUUAUGUCAAAAACGGAACAUCGCUUUCGUGGUAAAGAAGUUGUGGCUAUAAAUAUGAACAUUUUCACAUCUAAGCCAUUCAUAAACUGAGCUACAGAAAAAAAACCAUGGAAGUUACAAUGGUUUACAUUCCCAUACUUCUUUUUUGCUUCUUUUCAUUGCUGAAUAGACUAACGGCCACAGCCAUUGACACCAUAAACACAACUCAGUCCAUCAGGGAUGGCGAUACCAUAGUUUCAGCAGAUGGAACCUAUGAAUUAGGAUUUUUCAGCCCUGGAACGUCCAAAAACAGAUACUUGGGCAUAUGGUAUAGGAAAAUACCAGUUCAAACUGUAGUUUGGGUUGCCAAUAGAGAAACUCCCCUUAAUGAUUCGUUGGGGGUGUUAAAGUUCACAAACAAAGGAAUUCUUAUCCUUCUCGAUCGCAGAGGGAGCGUGAUUUGGUCUUCCAACACACCAAGACCUGCGAGGAAUCCAACCGCUCAACUAUUGGAGUCAGGAAACCUUGUUGUGAAAGAGGAGGGCGAUAACAACCUGGAAAAUUCCUUGUGGCAGAGUUUUGAACAUCCGACUGAUACGAUAUUGCCAGGCAUGAAGCUAGGAAGGAGUAGAAUAACGGGAAUGGAUUGGUCCAUGACAUCAUGGAAAUCAGAAGAUGAUCCUUCCAGAGGUAACAUUACAUGUAAACUUGCUCCUUAUGGAUAUCCUGACAUGGUUGUGAUGGAAGGUUUGGAAGUGAAGUACCGAUCUGGACUGUGGGAUGGUCUGCGGUUUAGUGGCGUUCCUAGCACAAAACCAAAUCCUAUAUACAAAUAUGAAUUUGUUUUCAAUGAGAAGGAGGUAUUUUACAGAGAGACUCUUGUUGAUAAGUCGAUGCAUUGGAGGCUUGUGACAAGAGAGAAUGGUGACAUCGCGAGCUUUACUUGGAUUGAGAAAACACAUAGUUGGUUGCUUUAUGAAACAGCAAAUACAGAUAAUUGUGAUCGAUAUGCACUAUGUGGUGCAAAUGGUUUCUGUGAUAUUCAAAGCUCUCCAGUGUGUGAUUGCUUGAAUGGAUUUGUACCAAAAUCCCCAAGAGAUUGGGACGUGACUGAUUGGUCAAAUGGUUGUGUUAGAAGGACUCCACUAAAUUGUUCUGGAGAUGGGUUCCGAAAGCUCGCUGGAUUGAAGAUGCCUGAGACAAAAUCAUCGUGGUUUAGCAAGACGAUGAAUCUUGAGGAGUGCAGGAACACGUGCUUGGAGAAAUGCAACUGUACAGCAUAUUCAAAUCUGGACAUCAGGAAUGGAGGAAGUGGGUGCUUGCUCUGGUUCGGCGACCUGGUUGACAUUAGAGUUUUUGCUGAAAAUGAGCAAGAGAUUUAUAUACGAAUGGCCGAAUCAGAACUAGCUGUAGAUAUUGGAGAUGGUGCAAUGAUAAAAAAAAAAUCCGAAGCCAAGAAAAGGAUCAUAAUGAGCACUGUGUUAUCUACUGGGAUUCUGUUCCUUGGCCUAGCCUUGGUCUUGUUUGCUUGGAUGAAGAAGCAUCAGAAAAACAGACAAAUGACAGAAGCUCUGGAAAGAAGUUCAAAUAACAUGCAGAGGAAGGAAGAUCUGAAACUUCCAUUUUUUGAUUUCAGUACCUUGGCUUGUGCAACAAAUAAUUUCUCUACCGACAAUAAACUUGGAGAAGGGGGUUUCGGGACAGUUUAUAAGGGAACAUUAGCAGAUGGACGAGAAAUAGCAGUGAAGAGGCUCUCUAAGAUUUCGAGACAAGGUCUUGAUGAGUUAAAAAAUGAAGCCAAUUAUAUUAUGAAACUUCAGCACCGGAAUCUAGUGAAGCUUCUAGGAUGCUGCACCGAAAGAGAUGAAAAGAUGUUGAUCUAUGAAUUCUUGCCUAACAAAAGCUUGGACUUUUUUAUUUUCGAAAAAACACACAGCUCUCUACUUAAUUGGCCUAAGCGCUACAACAUUAUCAAUGGUAUUGCUCGUGGACUCCUUUAUCUUCACCAGGAUUCAAGAUUAAGAGUAAUUCAUAGAGACCUGAAAGCCAGCAAUAUUUUAUUGGAUUAUGAGCUGAACCCGAAAAUUUCAGACUUCGGCCUGGCUAGAAGUUUUGGAGGAAAUGAAAUUGAAGCCAAUACUAAUAAAGUGGUUGGUACAUACGGCUACAUAUCCCCUGAGUGUGCAAAUUAUGGACUCUACUCGGUAAAAUCAGACAUUUUCAGCUUCGGUGUAUUGGUGCUAGAGAUAGUGAGUGGGAACAAGAACAGGGGAUUCAGUCAUCCAGACCACCAUCUCAACCUUCUUGGGCAUGCUUGGAUACUGUUCAAAGAAAACAGGUCCUUGGAACUGGCUGCAGAUUCAAUAGCUAUAACAUGCAAUUUAUCAGAAGUGCUACGAUCAAUCCACGUGGGUUUAUUGUGCGUGCAAGAAAAUCCAGAAAUGAGGCCAACCAUGUCAAAUGUAGUUUUGAUGUUAGGUAAUGAUGAUGUACUGCCUCAGCCUGAGCAACCUGGUUUCUUCACUGAAAGGGAAGUGAUUGGAGCAAGCUGUCCAUCCAGCCUCGGCAAACCAUGUUCAGUUAACGAAUGCUCGGUUUCAGAGUUAGAACCAAGAGUGGGCAAACUGCUAGCUUAUUCCAGAUUCAAGAUUCCUCUUAACGUUUCUGACUUCUCAGUUCUAUGGCCAAAGUUCAAAGUUAUGAGUCUAAAAGAGAGCAUGUGUCUUUCACCUGAUGACCUUAGCAUGAAGGAAAAACAUGAACUCGCCAUGUUUGCUGAAUGGAUUCCUUCCAUUGGUAAUGGAACUAUUUGUGACUCUCUCUCCUCGGGAAAUUGUGAUACUUCCUUCAUCAAGAUUCCUGAUGAUCUCUUGCAAGACAAUGUAUCAGACCUGAUCUCAUCUAUUGUCGAUAUGGUUUAUCCAGACAUCAACACCGAACAAAUAGCCCCUUCAUAUCUCCGUGAAACAGCAGUUGUGACAACAAAAAAUGAAAUCGUCACCAAUAUUGUCCCCGGUGACAAACGUAUCUAUCCUAGCACAGAUUCUACAAAAACCAUAGAAGUAACGAUGGUUUACAUUCCCAUACUUCUUUUUUGCUUCUUUACAUUGCUGAAUAGAGUAACGGCCACGGCCAUUGACAUCAUAAACACAACUCAGUUCAUCAGGGAUGGCGAUACUAUAGUUUCAGCAGAUGGAACCUAUGAAUUAGGAUUUUUCAGCCCUGGAAAGUCAAAAAACAGAUACUUGGGCAUAUGGUAUGGGAAAAUACCAGUUCAAACUGUAGUUUGGGUUGCCAAUAGAGAAACUCCCCUUAAUGAUUCGUUGGGGGUCUUAAAGAUAACAAACGAAGGAAUUCUUAUCCUUCUCGAUCGCAGUGGGAGCUUGAUUUGGUCUUCCAACACACCAAGACCUGCGAGGAAUCCAACCGCUCAACUAUUGGAGUCAGGAAACCUUGUUGUGAAAGAGGAGGGUGAUAACAACCUGGAAAAUUCCUUGUGGCAGAGUUUUGAACAUCCAGCUGAUACGAUAUUGCCAGGCAUGAAGCUAGGAAGGAGUAGAAUAACGGGAAUGGAUUGGUCCAUGACAUCAUGGAAAUCAGAAGAUGAUCCUUCCAGAGGUGACAUUACAUGUAAACUUGCUCCUUCCGGAUAUCCUGACAUGGUUGUGAUGGAAGGUUCGCGAGUGAAGUACCGAUCUGGACUAUGGGAUGGUCUGCGGUUCAGUGGCAUACCUAGAACAAAACCAAAUCCCAUAUACACAUAUGAAUUUGUUUUCAAUGAGAAGGAGAUAUUUUACCGAGAAACUCCUGUUGAUAAGUCGAUGCAUUGGAGGCUCGUGACAAGACAGAAUGGUGAUAUCGCGAGCUUUACUUGGAUUGAGAAAAAACAAAGUUGGUUGCUUUAUGGAACAGCAAAUACAGAUAAUUGUGAUCGAUAUGCACUAUGUGGUGCAAAUGGUUUCUGUGAUAUUCAAAGCUCUCCAGUGUGUGAUUGUUUGAAUGGAUUUGUACCAAAAUCUCCAAGAGAUUGGGACGUGACUGAUUGGGCAAAUGGUUGUGUUAGAAGAACUCCCCUAAAUUGUUCUGGAGAUGGGUUCCGAAAGCUCGCUGGAUUGAAGAUGCCUGAGACAAAAUCAUCGUGGUUUAGCAAGACGAUGAAUCUUGAGGAGUGCAGGAACACGUGCUUGGAGAAAUGCAACUGUACAGCAUAUUCAAAUCUGGACCUCAGGAAUGGAGGAAGUGGGUGCUUGCUCUGGUUCGGCGACCUGGUUGACAUUAGAGUUUUUGCUGAAAAUGAGCAAGAGAUUUAUAUACGAAUGGCCGAAUCAGAACAAGAUAAUGGAGAUGGUGCCAAGAUAAAUAAAAAAUCCAAAGCGAAGAAAAGGAUCAUAGCAAGCACUGUGUUGUCUACUGGGAUUCUGUUCGUUGGCCUAGCCUUGGUCUUGAGUGUUUGGAUGAAGAAGCAGCAGAAAAACAGAAAAAUAGCAGAUGCUCUGGAAAGAAGUGCAAAUCAUAUGCACAAGGAAGAUCUAGAGCUACCAAUGUUUGAUUUGGGUACUUUGGCUUGUGCAACAAAUAAUUUUUCUGUUGAAAAUAAACUUGGAGAAGGGGGUUUCGGAUCUGUUUAUAAGGGAACAUUAGAAGACAGGCGAGAAAUAGCUGUGAAGAGGCUCUCUAAGAACUCAAGGCAAGGACUUGAUGAGUUCAAAAAUGAGGCCAAUUAUAUAGUGAAACUUCAGCACCAGAAUCUAGUGAAGCUUCUAGGAUGCUGCAUUCAAGGAGAUGAAAAGAUACUGAUCUAUGAGUUUUUGCCUAACAGAAGUUUGGACAUUUUUAUUUUCGAACAUACACACAGCUUUCUACUAGAUUGGCCCAAGCGCUGCAACAUUAUCUUUGGGAUUGCUCGUGGACUGCUUUAUCUUCACCAAGAUUCAAGACUAAGAGUAAUUCAUAGAGAUCUGAAAGCCAGCAAUAUUUUAUUGGAUGAUGACCUAAACCCAAAAAUCUCAGAUUUUGGCCUGGCUAGAAGUUUUGGAGGAAACGAAACUGAAGCCAAUACUAAUAAAGUGGCUGGUACAUAUGGCUACAUAUCCCCUGAGUAUGCCAAUCAUGGACUCUACUCACUAAAAUCGGACGUCUUCAGCUUCGGCGUAUUGGUGCUAGAGAUAGUGAGUGGAAACAGGAACAGAGGAUUCAUUCAUCCAGACCACAACCUCAACCUUCUAGGACAUGCUUGGAGAUUGUUUGAAGAAAACAGGCCUUUGGAACUGGUUGCAGAAUCACUAGUAAUAGCAUGCAAUUUAUCUGAAGUGCUACGUUCGAUUCAUGUGGGUUUAUUGUGUGUGCAAGAAAAUCCAGAAGAUAGGCCAAACAUGUCAAAUGUUGCUCUGAUGUUACGUGAUGAUGAUACUCUACCUCAGCCUAAACAACCAGGUUUCUUCACUGAAAGGGAUCUGACUGAAGCAAGACAUUCAUCGAGCCUGAGCAAACCAUGUUCAGUUAAUGAAUGCUCGAUUUCAGAGUUAAGACCAAGAUAGAUUGCAUUUUGCGCUGAUAUUUUGUAUUGUUUCUAGAUGGUUGGUCUCUACUUUUCGAAAUAUUAUUUUGUGGUUAUGUACUAGGCAUAUAUAAUUCAGCCAUCCCACAAAGAAAUAAUGUAUUUUGAUCAACUAUGGCAAUAUAUGUAUGGUAUGUAAGGCUGGUGUAAUCAAAGGUACGCAUGAAGUGUAAAGAAAUGGAGCUUCAAGUUAUUUAACUCCAUGGUGGCACAUUCAUAGAA